UGGUCUUCUCCGGUCGCUGUUUGCUCCCAGUUCCCUCCCAGUGCUCCCAGGAGGAGCGAUACUGGGAGAGAAAGCGUUCCCACUUCAUUCCUGCUGCUCUCAGGAUCGCUCCCAGUGCCGCGCGGGGCGGAGUCGCUUUGGAACUCCAGGGCAGAGCGCGGCUGCUUUUGGGUGUCGGCACCGGCCGGGCCGGGCUGGGAGCGGAGGAGGAGCGGGAGGAAGAGGAGGGAGAAAGAAAAAGGACGAGGAGGAGCGGGAGGAAGUUCCCCGCCUCCAUAACCCGCAGCAGGAUUUCCCAUUCCCAAACCUUGGCCGGAUGGAGAAGGAGAGGUCUGCGAGUAAGAGGAAGAUGGCCCGGGAAGCCCAGGCAGACAAGGAGCUGAGCACGGAGACCAGGGAGGAGAAAUCCCCACGGCAGAUCCUCGUGGAAGAGGCUGUUUUGAGCGGCUCCAUGGCAAAGGAAUCCAAAAGGGAAGAAAAGCCACAGAGAUCCCACACGAGGAAGGGCUACAGACGGAAAGCACAGGGAUCUGAGGAAGAAAGAUCCACCCUGGGCCAGGAAGAUGGCCAGAACUCGGAGCUGGGGGUCCCUAAGCAGCUUCAUGAUGGGGAGAAGCCCCACAAGUGUCCAGAAUGUGGGAAGAGCUUCAGGUGGAGAUCCUUCCUAAACCGCCACUUGGGAAUCCAUACAGGGGAACAGCCCUAUGAGUGUGGCGCGUGUGGGAAGGGCUUCAACUGGAUCUCUGACAUGAUCAAACACCAGAGGAGCCACACUGGAGAGAGGCCCUACGAGUGUUACCAGUGCAAGAAGAGGUUUCUGACCAGCUCCAGUCUCCUCCUGCACCAGCGGAUUCACACAGAUGAGAGGCCCUUCCGCUGCCCCGAAUGUGGGAAAGGCUUCAAGCAGAACUCUCACCUUAUCCCCCACCGGCGCAUCCACACUGGGGAGAGGCCCUACAAGUGUGGAGAGUGUGAGAAGAGCUUCAGCCGGAUCUUCACCCUGAUUUCCCACUGCAGGAUCCACACGGGGGAACGGCCCUACUACUGUGUAGAGUGUGGGAAGAGCUUCCGCCAGAACUCCAGCCUUACUGUCCACAAGAGGAGCCACACGGGGGAACGGCCCUACAGAUGUCGGGCGUGUGGGAAGAGGUUUCUGCUCAGCACUGAUCUCCUCGUGCACCAGCAGAUUCACACGGAUGAGAGGCCCUUCCACUGUCCUGACUGCGGAAAGGGCUUCAAGCAGAACUCCACCCUUGUCAGACACCGGCGCAUCCACACCGGGGAGAGGCCCUAUGAGUGUCCCGAGUGUGAUAAGAGCUUCUCACAGAGGUCUAACUUAACCCAGCACCAACAGAAGUGCCACUAAGGAAAGCCCUGUGUCUGCCCUGAGUGGAGGAAGAGCUUUGUGCGCUGCUCCAUCUCCCUCCCCCAUGGGAGGAUCUGCACUGGAUGAUCCCCAGUGACCCCAGUGGGCAGAGCCCCAGUGAUCCAUGGUGCCAAUGAUGCUUGUUGGGAGGACACCUGGCUGGGGGCUCCACAUCCUCCUGGCUCCCUGUGGGCACCUGCAAACAUCCACAGACCAACAUCAGAAUUCCAUUGUGGAGAGCAGAUUUGCCGACUUCUAACCCCAGAAAAAUCUUACAUUUUGUGUCUUCUGGUGGUAUCAAGCAACACUGGAUAUCCUUGGAGGUCUUCUUUAACAUUAAUCCAUUGUUUCAAUUCUCUCUGGCCAAUGGGCAUCUUCCACAGCCAAAUGGGGACAGAUUGGGGCAAAACCCACAAUUGUGGAGACAGUGGAGUGGAAACCCCUUCAGAAUAAAUUCUUCCCACCCACCCAAGCACAUGGAUGUUCUGCCGGCAGGGACAUGUAAAUCCUUUUGAUUUGGCCUUGAAAUUAAAAGGUUUCUAUUCAUCACUUUGAAAGCCCUGAAAUUGGGGUAAAAUUAAAGCUGUUGAACUAAGGCAUGGAUGGGGAUACAGACAUGGGUGGGGCCAUGGGGGGACUUGGACAUGAUUGGGGACAUCCGGGACAUGAAUUGGGAUAGCAUCAAUGCCGCCUCCUGUGCCACCACAGUGCCACCAGCACCUUCAUCUCAGCCAUGGCAAAGCACAGCCCAGUGCUGUUCCUGCCACCAUGUCCCCCCUGACACCACUGCGGUGUCCCAGCCUAAUGUCACCCCCCACCAGGGCAGGACGAGGAUCUUGUUCAGCUGGUGACAAAUGGCCCAGAAGCAAGUGACAGUCACCAGGGUGUCCCAGGGCCACCCAAGGCAUUCUAAGGACCCCAGCAGGCCCUAGGGACAAGGCGAGGGUCAGUGUCUCCAGUGGGGUCACAUGGCCCUACACUGGGUGUCACCUGAUGUGUUCUGAUGGGAGUGUCCCCAGAGCUGU